AUUAUUCACCUUAUAUCAGGCAAUGACACUCCCAAUAACACAAGAGAAAACACUUCAUGAUGCCUGGGACUACAAGGGUCGCCCUGCCGAGCGUUCCAAGACCGGUGGUUGGACCAGCGCCAUGAUUCUAGGUGUCGAGGCAUGUGAGAGGCUAACAACGUUAGGUAUCGCUGUUAAUUUGAUGACGUAUUUAACCGACACCAUGCAUUUAGGCAAUGCUACCUCAGCCACCACCGUGACCAACUUCCUCGGAACAUCUUUCAUGCUCUGUCUUCUCGGUGGUUUUGUCGCCGACACGUUCCUUGGCAGGUAUCUUACAAUUGGAAUCUUUGCCACAGUUCAAGCAACUGGCGUCACCAUUUUGACAAUCUCAACAGCCAUUCCAAGCCUAAGGCCUCCAAAAUGCAGCAGGGACAGAAACGCUACAUGCACCCCAGCUAGCGGCAUACAACUCACUGUUCUCUACUUAGCCCUUUAUCUGACUGCCCUUGGCACCGGCGGUCUCAAAUCGAGCGUCUCAGGGUUCGGGUCGGACCAGUUCGAUGACUCAGACCCGGACGAGAGAUCCCGAAUGACAAACUUCUUCAACUGGUUCUUUUUCUUCAUAAACAUAGGUUCACUUGGCGCAGUCACCAUUUUGGUAUACAUACAAGAUAAACUGGGGCGUGAAUGGGGGUACGGUAUUUGUGCAUGUGCUAUUGUGAUGGCGUUGGUGGUGUUCCUGUCGGGUACGAGGCGUUACCGUUUCAAGGAACUAGUGGGGAGCCCAUUGACACAAAUCGCCGCAGUGUUUGUAGCUGCCUGUAAAAAAAGGGAUAUGAAAUUGCCGUCUGAUUCAUCCUUGUUUUUCAACAUUGACGAUGUACCUGAGGGAUUCAAUAACAAGAAUAAGAAAUUGAAGUUGCCCCACAGCAAGGAGUUUCGAUUCUUGGACAGGGCGGCGAUCAAGAACCCAUCGGGUCCUGAGCCAAUAAAUAAGUGGAAUAUAGCCACGUUAACAGACGUGGAAGAAGUGAAAUUGGUGGUAAGGAUGGUACCCAUUUGGGCAAGCACCAUCAUAUUCUGGACCGUCUAUGCCCAGAUGACGACAUUCUCAGUUUCUCAGGCCACCACCAUGGACCGUCACAUCGGAAAAUUCCAAAUCCCACCAGCAUCGCUCACAGUUUUCUUCGUAACCACCAUUCUCCUAACCAUCCCAGUUUACGACAGACUCAUCGUUCCAAUUGCAAAAAGAGUUCUAAAAACCCCUCAAGGUUUAACCCCAUUGCAAAGGAUCGCAGUCGGUUUGGUUUUAUCCAUUGUCUCAAUGACCGCAGCCGCACUGACAGAACUAAAGCGACUGAGAAUCGCAAGCUCAAAUGGUCUCACUGAUAACCCUACGGCUCAAAUCCCAUUAAGCGUCUUCUGGUUGGUGCCUCAGUUUUUGUUCGUAGGUGCCGGUGAGGCCUUUACAUACAUAGGGCAGCUUGACCUUUUCUUAAGGGAAUGUCCCGAAGGGAUGAAAACGAUGAGUACUGGUUUGUUUUUGAGUACCCUUUCAUUAGGGUUCUUCAUUAGUUCUUUGUUGGUAACUAUUGUUCACAAGGUUACUGGAAAUCAGAAACCAUGGCUACCGGACAAUCUGAACCGAGGGAGACUGUAUAAUUUCUAUUGGCUUUUGAUGAUUUUGAGUUGCUUGAAUCUGGGAAUCUACUUGGUUUUUGCUAAAUGGUAUGUUUACAAAGACACGAGGCUUGCAGAUGAAGGGAUUGAAUUAGAUGAAACCGAAUCUGCCUUCCAUUAAAAGGAUAUGGGAGGUUUAUUGGAUUGCACGUCAUUUUUAAUUAAGAUUUCUGUUUUUAACUUCGUAUAA